UCUGGGAUUCGUGAAUCACAAAAAGUGACAGUUGACGUGAAGUUUUUCCAUUUUGGGGUGAAGAAAAAGAGUUUUUCUGUGUUUUUCACGCGGAAUUUCAUCAAAUCAAGCAAUGGCUUCCUUCACGGAGAAAUUUGUGAGUUUAAUGGCACGACCGGGGCAGGAUGCUGUCCCCAAAGAUGAUGUUCCGUGGUACCUAAAAUACGGAGGACGUGUGCUGGGCAUUGUUGCUGCCUUCUUUGCCAUCCUCUUUGGACUCUACAACUGCCUAUCAAUUCUCUUGGUGGACAUUGGAUGCCUCGUCUCGGGGAUCCUACAGAUAUGUGCUGGGAUGCUGGUGAUGGUGAUAGAAGCACCCUGCUGCUGCAUGUUCAUUGAUUUUGUGCAGAAGAUUGCAGAUUUGGCAGACUCAAAGCCCUACUACUACCGAGCUGCCGUCUAUUGUGUCAUUGCUAUUCCCCCAAUUGCUAUGUGCCCAGGUUUGGGGAGUCUCUUUGGAUGUGGCCUAAUUUUUGGCACAGGUGUCAUCUAUGGGAUGAUGUCGUUGGGCAAAAAGGGAUCACGUCAAGAUAUGGCUGCUAUUGCAUCCCCCAAUGCCAUGUCUCCUGGCCAGGGACCAACACUCGAUCAAAGAGCAUCACUUCAAGAGAUGCGAAAUGCAGCCGUUGCAUCAGACAACAGCCGACCAAUUGGAACAACGUCGGGUAUGCGAUCGAAUCUUGUGGAUAAUGCUCAACCUGUUGCAUUUACAGGCCCACCAGCGUAUGAUAGUAACGUUUGAUAGAGCUCUUUAAAAACAAAAUAGUUAAAAGAAGAGGAAAAGAAUAUAGAAUGAAAAACAAAGACUUUGAAGCCCCCGUUUAACACAGAGUGGAAAACAAACGCUUAAAUAGCGGAGACACUUAGAGAACUAUAUAUAUUAAUUAUACCUAAUAUAUAUUUUCCGUAAAGAAAACAUUAUUUAGAAUCAUCUUGUAAAGGAAAACAAAAAUUCCCACACUUCAUCUCACAGCCCACACUCAAAGAUUGAGUAAAAAAAAUAUAAAAAUAUAUUUUAAAAAAGAAGGAAAAGCAUGAUAAACGAUUAAUUAGAAAUGUUGAACUUAAUGUUAUUUAAUGAUGAAUAUAGAACAAAUUGUAGAGACGAAAUAAUUAAUUGAAAAUGUUGCUAAAAAAAAAGAAAAAGAUUAGAAAUUUUACAAGACUUGAAAAAAAUGAAAAUUUUCCUUUUUUUUUUGAAAGUUUUCUCUUUAUUUUCCCUCCUAAUUAUUAAAAAAAAUAUCAUCAUUUAGGCACGUAUAAUAUUAUUUAAUUUUUCUUCCUUCAUUGUGAUACAAAAAAGAAUAUAAUUAAUAAAAUCUAAAAAUAAUAAUUUUUCAUCCCAUUUUUAUUUUUAAAACUUAAUUAAUCCAGGACUAAUUUCGACGGGUUGACCGGAUUAGUCCUGGACACGGCAAAAAACUACACAAAAAAAAAUAAAUAAAAUAAAAAAAAAACAACCCCCAACACCACACAAAACACUCCAAAAAACCCAAUCACACACAACUGCGAAAAAAAAACUCGGGCGAUAUUAAAAAAAGCCUUUUUUCAAAUAAUAAUAAUAAAACUUAAUUUUCUCGUGAUUUGCAGGCAUUCUUUUUAAUUUUAAAAUUAAAUUAAAAAAAAAGUCUCAAAGUUUCAUGGUUGUCGGUGUAAUGUUAACAUUUUUCUUUAAAUUUAAAUUAUUUAUUUCUUUAAUUUUUUGCUUCGCCACAUUUUAUUAUUAGUAGCUAUAUUAUAAUUUUCGUGUCAAUUAAGCCAGCUAAUUGCAAAAAAAAACUAUAUUAUGUUGGCGAUAUGAAGAGUAAAUUGAGAAAGAAAAGGUCGUAAUAUAAAAUAAUAUAAUCACAUUAAUUCCAUAAUGUAAUAAAAUUAUAAUUCAAAAAAGAAAUGAGAAACACGAGAAAUAAAUAAAAUUGCUAAGUAAUAAAAUAAUAAAGAGUUAAAGAGAAAAAUUAGGUAUUAAUAUUUGAAGAAAUAAAUAAAUAUUAGGUAAUGGUAUUUUAUCAGGAAAGUAAUAUAUUGCAAAAAUAUCGCAUUAAUAACGUAAAAAAAAACAAGUUACAUAGAAUCAUCAUGGAUAUUUCCUAGAUAGAUUAUCCGAGAGAUAAAUUAUAUCAAGAAAUACAGGGUGUUCCAUAGAAAAAACUGCAAAGUUAGGUAUAGUUGAAAUGAGGAUGAAUUUCGUGAAACUAAAAUUGAAUUUUUCAAAGAAAAUUCAUGCAUUUUUUUUUAGCGUUCAUCAGAAGGAAAAAAAUUAUAUUUAGUUACGUUGGCUUGCAUUUGGUUUAUGAAUUUCAUGAAAUUUUCAUAAUUUUUUAAAUGAAAAUUUAUCUUUCCAUGAAGAAUUACAUUUCAUCAGUUUCCCAUGUUUUUCUCACAUUUUCAAACACAAAGAUUUGAGCAAUUAAAAAGUAUUUAUUUCUGGCAAUUGAAGUCAUCAUGAAGUCUCACAUAAAAUGCAAUAUAAUUUGGCGCAGAGAAGAAAUCCCGGUAAAUUCCAUCAAUAAAUUCUUAUUUCAUGCAAUUAAAUGUUACAAGAGCAAUGUUCUUCCUAAGAAGACAACAUUUCUUUGUUUAUUCUUCAGUAAACACAAAAAGACGCGUAGUAAAAUGAUAAAAAAUACUUCCAACCGAGAACGUUAUCAGAAGUUAUGACUGUUUCCAAACAGUAGAAGUAUUGAAAGUUCUUUGAUGGGCUUGAUGAUGGGAUUUAUUUUUGGUUAUUAAUGAAUUUCUGGGGCACCCUGUAUGGAUUAAAUUUAGGCGAUAAAAAAGUAUAUAAGAUUUAUCACGCAUAUUUAUAUUAGAUAAUGUUGCGGGAGGAUUUAGUAAAAGAAGAAAAUUCACUUACUCAAUUCCAAUCACAAUUUUAAUCAAAAAAAUUAAAGAGAAUUUAACAAUUUUAGAAAAAAAACACAUAAUUUUUAAUUUAAGGAGAAGAAAAUUACAAUUAAUUUAAUUUUAAGAAAAUUUUAGGGAGUAUAAAUUGGAGUUGCUGCUUCGGCGGUGUCCAGUAGGAGAGAGGUGCGCAAUAAUUAUAUACAUUGUUCAGGACAUAGAAAAUGAUGCCAGAAAAGGGGUUUAUCAUAAAAAAGAUUUAAAGCCCGAUUAAAGUGCACUCUCUCUAUUUGCAUUGAAAAAAGAAUUAAUGUAUAAAUUGGUGUGGGUAAUUAAACAUUGUUUUGCUAUUUUUUGCUUCUGUGCGCAGGAAGCAUGUAAAUUUUCGAGUAAUGUUAAAAUUUAUUUAAAUGGAAGGAUCUGAUUUGUGAUGAUGUAAUUCCACACAAACGUUCUUGCUUGGCCAGCAAUCACAGAACCAACCGAUCACCAUUUAGUACUCGAGUAGAAUUGGCACACCAUUUUGGGGAAUUACUUCUUGUUUGUUUUUUUUAUCUGUUGAAGUGGGUAAUCUUUGAGUGAUCGCAUUUCAUCGAUUCACAUUCAAUUGAGUGUAGGAGGAAAGUCACAAUCCGCAUGAUCCGUGUUGACGAGAAUAUUGUGUAAUUUUUGCAAUUGCCGAAUGGGUACGUACAUAAAGUGACCUACUACGGAGUGGACUUAAUGCAUAUUUUGAGGGAUCAUAGUGCUGAAGCGGGGCGCGAAAUACCAUGUAGUAUGUCCCGACUCCUAGGCGAAAAGGCCAAUUGACGGGAGAGCUUCAAAUGAAAAGCUAGUAUAGCACAUGCAUUCCCUUUUUGAUGCUUCAUCACCACCACUCCCGUCACUAACGAAAAACCUGAAAAUUCAGCAGCAAAAUAAAGUAAUAAAUUCUCCGACGCCAGCAUCAUUGGUGCUCCAAUAAAAGCGUAACCGCCGCAUUACGCAGCUCAAAGGGAUGUGCGUCGUUGGGGGGCGAGAAUGAUAAGUUGCAUUUUUCAACAGAACAUAAUUUUCAUUUGUGUGCAUAUGUAGGAGUAUGUGAUCGAAGGGUUUAGUUAUUGUUGUUUUUUUAAUUAAUUAAGUAAUUCAUUAUCAAGAAAAUUCUUCCACGUAAAGUCACUUUUUUUUCUUUUUUCAAUUUUCUUUUUUUUGUAUCAAUUGAGAUGUUGUUGCACGGGCCGUUUAAUUUUUAAAAAAAAGUGUCUGAGACCCAAUGUACAAGGCAAGGAGGGCAUUCUCAAAUUCUCUCAUAAGAGAGAAUUCAUAGAGUUGAAGACCUAAAGAAAAAUUGUGUGAGGCUCACCGAUCCUCCCUCCUACUGGACACCGCCGAAGCGGCAACUCCGAUUUAUACCUCAUAAAAUUCCAUUUCUUUAAAUUGUAAUAAUUUUGCUUUCUUUUUUUUAUAUAAAAAUUCUUAAAUUGAGUAGAGUAAAAAUUGUGAAAAGUUAAGUGAUUAAAAAAAUUAUCUUUCCUUUAAUUUUUUUUGUAAAAUAAUCCAUUUUUUUCUAAAUUUUGCAUUAAAUUGGUGCGUGGAAGAAAGUAAGUGUCUUUUCAUUUUUUUCUUACGCAACAGAGUAAAGAAAAGAGUAAAAGGCUUCAGCUAAACGUUUAGUUUGGAGAAGGUUUUGAAAGAGAUUAAAAAAUUAUAUAUAUAUAUAUAUAUAUAGGUAUGCGAAUAAUAACAUUCCGUUGCAAAAUUUAUGAAGUGACUUCCAUAUUUAAAACUAAUAAAUAUGGUUAUAUUGUUCCAAUAUAUUGUUAACUUGUGAGACAUAUCGGGAGAAAAGACGAAUUAAUUAAUUAAAAUAAAUUCCAGUAAUUCAGCGCAGAAAAAUCCUUUUUUUUAUUCUUAUUUAACAUUUAUUAUUUUCAAAGUUUUCCCAGAAAAAUUAAACUAUAAAAAUUUCAUUAAAAAGCUUCGUAAUUUUUUUUGUUCCAACUAAAAAGAAUUAAAACGAAAAAUCAAGGUUAAUUUUAAGUUAAAAGAAAUGAAGUAAAAAAAGAAAACAACAAGUAUUUGCUCAUUAGUGAGAAUAAGGAAAACGCAUGUAGAAGGAAGAAAUAAAAAACAUUAAAUUGCUUAAUGAAAUGAUUGAGAUUUGGUGAGAAUUCUCAAGAAUUUUCCCCAACAUUUGAAGAUGAUUUAAUUAUAUAACGCAAAAAAAUGAGAACUUCAUCUUUUAAGCUGACCCUUUUUGUUUCUUUUCUUGAUGUAAUAUGUAAAAUGUACUAAAUGUGUAUAAAAAUAUAUGUAUAUAAAAUACGA